UAGAGAAGGUGACGUCUUCAAUAGUCACGUGGCUUUGGGACAAGAGAGAGAGAGAGAGAGAGAGAUUUGUGUGCGCCGUCAGCAUCGGCUUGUUUUGCCUUUUCAUCCUCUCUCUGCUUUCUCCGCGCAAGUCUCCAAAGUGUGAAAGUUCCAACGCCUUUUUUCGUCAAUUUGAACGUGAAGUGUCGUCCGCAAGAUGCCGUCCGACAGAGCCUUCAAGCAAAGGAGGACUUUCGCUGAACGCUGCAAAGAAGUCCAGCAGAUCCGACAACAACAUCCCAACAAGAUCCCCGUGAUCAUGGAGCGUUACAAGGGUGAGAAACAACUUCCGGUUCUGGACAAGACCAAGUUCCUGGUCCCGGACCACGUCAAUAUGAGCGAGCUCGUCAAGAUCAUCAGGCGCCGUCUUCAGCUGAACCCCACCCAGGCCUUCUUCCUGCUGGUCAACCAGCACAGUUUGGUUUCCGUGGCGACGUCCAUCUCGGAGAUCUACGAGCAGGAGCGCGACGAGGACGGCUUCCUGUACCUGACGUACGCGUCGCAGGAGACCUUCGGCUGCGCGGGCUUGCCCAUUCUCUAGUUUGCUCGGAGCAAUCUUUUACUUUGAAGGGUUGGCGGAAAGCAUCCGGCGCGGCAGCUGGACGCCGUUUGUUGACGUCCGUCUACUUUCGUUUGCCCAUCUCACUAAAAGUAGACGUAGGCUAUGAUGAGCUUAUCCUAUUUUUUUGGUCAACUUGUAAUGUUUGCAGUUGCAGCAGCAGUUGUAAACCUGAUGUUAUUAAUUAGCAUGAAUACUCAUAGGCACGUGCAAUCUUGACGACAUUUACUAUCGGGCUAAGUAGCCCACUUCCGAGUGACGUACGAACAUCAGAAGGUCACGCCAACCCGCACCAGUCAAAAGGUGAAGCCAAACGGUUUGAGCCUCUUUUGUCCUCUGCUUAACUUGGAAGUCAAUUGAAGCAAACGCCAGGUCGGAAGCGCUUUUCACUUGCCGGCGUUCAUGCAAACAGGAAGCGGUGAGGCAGGCCACUUCCUGUAGGACAAACCAGCACCUUGGGCUCCGCAAGCGUAAAACGUCGGACGCUCCCGGUAGGAACACUACAGACCUUUGACUUGAUGUUUUUAUUUCAUGAUUGAAAUUGAUGUGAGGUGAAGUUGUAUUUAAAUGUAAAUAAGAUCAACUUGAAAAGA